AUGUAUCCUACUAGUGGAAGGAAUGAGAAUAUCAGUGAAACAGUCACCACCGGUAAUAAUCGAGAUAAUGGAAAUAAUGUAAAUGAUGCGGGUGGAGAUCCGGGCCAUAACGCGAAUGAUGUAGGUGAAAAUUUAGAUAAUGCGACAUACUCAUCUUCAUCUGAGUUAGCAAAUAUGACCUCAGCCCUUAAUAUAUCUGCAUCACAAAAUAACAGUGAUUUAAGUAUGCCCGAUAUAGAAGGAGGUAGUCAGCCACCCUCUUAUAUGGAAUCUAUAAAUGAGGAAAGUUAA